CCUGCGCGCCGCCGGUCACUGAUGAACCGCCUGAACACACAAGAGCCGUGUAGGCAGACGCUCACUUCUGCGCAUGUGCGGUCAAAUUUUUCGGGGAUGGGUCUAUCGAUUGGAAUCAAGAUGGCGACUCUGGCAAAAGCGCCAAUAUAUUUACUGAAGUAGAUGUCCCAAAUUAACCGCGGUAGCGGGUUUUCUCAAGCCCCUCGCGGGGUUCGUGAAACAUGAAGACCGGGGGCAUGUUUUGGAAGAGGGAUUGACCGGGAUUAAGACCGUAACAAAGUCAGCGAGAUGUGUGAGAGCUAUGCCCGCUCGCUGCUGCGUGUGUCGGUGGCGCAGAUCUGCCAGGCUUUGGGCUGGGAUGCGGUUCAGCUCACUGCGUGCGAUCUGCUGUCCGAUGUGCUGCAUCGGUACAUCCAGCAGCUAGCCAGGGUCUGCCAUCGGUACUCUGAGCUCUAUGGAAGAACAGAUCCAGUCCUGGACGAUGUCAGCCAGGCCUUCAGGCUGCUGGGGGUGAGUCUGACUGAACUGGAGGACUAUGUCCACAACCUGGAGCCUGUGGCCUUCGCCCAUCAAACGCCGCUCUUUCCUGUUAGCAAAAACAAUGUUCUGCAGUUUCCCCAGCCUGGAGCCCGAGAUGCAGAGGAAAGGAAGGAUUACAUUCCAGAUUACAUGCCACCUCUGGUCUCCUUACAAGAAGAAGAGGAGGAGGAAGAGGUCCCUCCUGACAUGGGUACCUCAGCCGAAGCUAUGCAGGUGGCACUGGAGGAGGACGAGGAGGAAAUGGACGACGAUGAGACAGUCAACGAUGAGAACCACCCACUGAAGAGGUCCCUGGACAGUCCCGAUGCAGCUAUGGGCAUGAUGCCUACUUCGAAGAGACCGCGUUUGUACCCUGGCCUCAGCCCGGAAUGGGGGGUUGAGCCCAGGGAGCCCCUUACCUCUCUCAACCCUCAGCGUGUUCCACCAGGGAUGCUGCCUUCUCACGAUAGCCUUGACCCCCUGUCACCUGAAACACCUUCUGGAACCCUGCCUUCCUUCAGACCUCAGAUGGUAGUACCAAAACACUCUGAUCAAAAGGCCCUUACCACUCCAGGAAGAAAGCCUAAGGUCUCCUCCCCUGGCAGACAACGGACUAAGUCCCCUAAAGGGGUCAUUCCUGUUCCAGUGAGUGGCAGUCCCAUCCAUUCUCCAAAACCGUCUAAGGAAAGGAAGAAAUCCCCUGGCAGGACGAAGAGUCCUAAAAGUCCCAAGAGCCCAAAGAUAGGCUCGGUCAAACCAUCUCAACCCCAGAGCAAGACAGAAGUUGCCCAUGUACCCAAGAUACCCAUGCUUGCACUGAGUGAGAGGAUGGGCAAAGAGAACAUCCAUAUGCGUCAAAAUAUAGAGGACAGAGAGUCAGCUGAGGGCCCCUUCAAGAAACUCGAGCCUGAUAAUACAGCUAUUGAUGACUCCAUUGAUGCUGUGAUCGCCAGAGCGUGUGCUGAGCGGGAGCCAGAUCCUUUUGCUUUCUCCUCUGGCUCUGAUUCCGACAGCAAUGGAUUUUCGAGCCCCAGGAGACUGACCAUUAUGGAGCCAUCUACACCCAAAAUCCUGAUUGGGGCCAGCAACUCUGUAAAGGACACAUCAACACCACUUCACCUACAGGCACACCCAGACCUAGGAAAUUGGACUAUGGAUGAUUCGAUCAAUGAGGUGAUCCGAAAGGUCAACCGUCCGCCUCCCCCUCCAAGUCAUGGAGAAUUUGUUUCAUCGGGAUCGGCCUCACCACCGACUCCUGAACCUCUUCUCAAGGUUUUUGAGGAGAAGAACAAGUUUGUUUCACCAGUGGACGUUAAGAAAAAGCUGAAGAAGGAGCUCAAAACUAAAAUGAAGAAGAAGGAAAAAGACAAGCCGAAAGACAAAGAUCGGGACAAGGACAAGAGCAAGCUGAAAGAGAAAAAUAAGGACAAGAACCGGGAUAAGAACAAGGAGUUUUCCAAGGAUGGCAAGUUGCCAUGGAAGGAGUUUGGAGUGAAGGAUGAUGAGCACUUCAGUCCACGAGACUUCACUCUGCCGGAGGGCUCCGUUAAGAUAAAAAACAGAGAUGGAGAUGGCUCUAAGAAGGAGAAGGAGAAACACAAAGACAAAAAGAAGGAUAAAGAAAAAAGUAAGAAGGACAAAGAUAAGCGAGACAAGGGCAAAGACAGGAGCAAGGACGACAGGCAGAAGCAAUCUGCGCUAGCGCCCUUUGCCCUGAGUGAAAUCCCACCACUGUUCAGCCCGUCUGCCUGCCUGCGUAUACCCUCCAUGCUUCCUCCUUUGGCCCCAAUCCUCCAGGAUAAGGAAAUAAAGAGCAAAGAGAAGGACAAGAAGAAAGACAAGAAGGAGAAGAAGAAAAAGAAAGAUAAGGAGAAGGAUAAGGAGCGAGAGAAGGCCAAAGAAAAGGAGAGGGAAAAAGAAGAGAAGAAGAAAGAAAAAGAGAGGGAAAAAGAAAAACGGGAAAAGGAGAAGGAAAAAGAAAAGGAGAGAAUUCGAUUGGAGAAGGUGAAAGUAGACACUCCCGCACCUCUACCGUCUCCAGUCAUCCCCAGACUGACACUCAGAGUUGGAGCUGGCCAGGACAAAAUUGUUAUCAGCAAGGUGGUUCCAAAUUCAGAGCCCAAAACGCCAGCACCUAAGACCCCUGCUGCCAAGUCUGGACCUGGGAAUCGUUCUCGGACGCCCCCACCACCCCCGAUUCUAGCCCCAGUGGUGCCCAUUAUGCCCCCUGCUCCCGCCCCACUUCCACCGGCUCCUGCCCCGUCGUCAUUGCUUUCCCCGGCUCCUAUGCUCUCUCCCGCCGCUCCCCUCAAAAUGCCUGUUCGCAGCGUAGUAACAGAGACUGUCAGUACCUACGUGAUCCGAGAUGAAUGGGGAAACCAGAUCUGGAUCUGUCCUGGAUGCAACAAACCUGAUGAUGGCAGUCCCAUGAUAGGAUGUGAUGACUGUGAUGAUUGGUAUCAUUGGCCUUGUGUUGGGAUCCUUACAGCCCCUCCUGAGGACCAGCAGUGGUUUUGUGUUAAAUGUUCCAGCAAGAAGAAGGACAAAAAACACAAGAAAAGGAAACACAAACUGCAUUGAGACUAUGCAAAAAGCACAUAUUUUGGACUUUUUUUGGACUUGAAGCCAUCACUGAACCCUUGUGGCACUGCUGUAAAAUUUAAAAAAAAGAAAUUGUGGCUGAUACCAACUUCUGAUGAUUUUUUUAAUGAUGUCAGCCAUGAUUGCAUUGUGAGUUGGUCAGAAAAAAAGGCUUUAACCAGCACAUAUCCAGCCUUAGUUCUCAUGUGGACUCUGUGGUUUCCCCCCCUUCUCACCUGUAAAUGGUUUGCUUAUUGUAUUGGAUGUCCAGUCAGAGGAGAUCAUGACAAUUAUGUUUGUAUAAGAAGAUAAUGACAGUUUCUAUAUGAUCAGAGCUCAACUUUGUCAGCAAGCAGAACCAGAGAACAACUAACAUCCGUCGUCUUUAUUUCUGUUCCCUUCAUGUUGCCACAAAAGGAAUGACCUCUACAUCCAACCUUUCCCCAGUUUUCUGCAGUAUCAUUGAAAUGUCAUGUAUAUAAUGAUGAUUGCAUCGGGUGUGUAUAAACGUGUAAAUACCAACUUCCAAGCCAAGUGCAUUUUGUUCUUAGGAUUCUGACUUGUUAAAUCCAUUUUCAGAUAUUGGUUUUUAACUCGAAUGAUUUUCUGUAAUUUCUGUACAUUUUUUAAAUUUAAAGUUUGUAUUUUUAUUUUUUCUUCAUAUGGAUUUUGUCCUGGAGUUAUACUGUAGCUGUGCUUGUAAUGUCAUUCAUUUCGCUCAUAUUUCAAUAUUAAAGAUGAACAGUCUGCGUACUCGCAGACUUUACAACGUAAAAUCUCA